CCACCCCACCCCAUCCCCCCCACGUCGCCGCGGACAUGGCGCUGCACGUGCAGUGACUGCACCCAAGCCCCGAGGGGUCCCAUCCCUGCCUCCCGCAUCUCUCCGGGGAGAGCAUGGAGCGCCCAGAGUCGGAGCUGAUCCGGCAGAGCUGGCGGACGGUGAGCCGCAGCCCUCUGGAACAUGGCACUGUCCUGUUCUCCAGGCUCUUUACCCUGGAACCCAGCCUGCUGCCUCUCUUCCAGUACAACGGCCGCCAGUUCUCCAGCCCUGAGGAUUGUCUCUCCUCCCCAGAAUUCCUGGACCACAUUAGGAAGGUGAUGCUGGUAAUUGAAACUGCAGCGACCCAUGCGGAGGACCUUUCUUCACUGGAGGAGUACCUGGCCGGCUUGGGCAGGAAGCACCGGGCUGUGGGAGUGAGGCUCAGCUCCUUCUCGACAGUGGGUGAGUCCCUGCUCUACAUGCUGGAGAGGUGCCUCGGUCCUGACUUCACACCAGCCACAAGGGACGCCUGGAGCCAACUCUACGGAGCUGUGGUGCAAGCCAUGAGCCGAGGCUGGGAUGAGGAGUAAGAGAAGAGCCAGUGCCCUCACCUGUCUCGGUCUGUCCAUCUGUCUAUAGUAGCCUCAGCCCCUCCCCCAGGGCUCCUCUGCACCUUGGCCCUCAUCCCCUUGGCCAUCCCAGAGAGGUGGUGGAAGAGGGCUCUGUCUCAGCUCCUGGUCAGCUGCAGAGGGGUGGUUUUUCCUUCCAGAGGAGCCUUUGGGCUCCUCUCAUCCCCACAGAUGAUGCACCCCUGCAUGCCUGGUUAGCUCUCCCCAUGAGGCAAAAUAGAGUUUGGUCAGCGAGGUGGCGUGGGGGCUCUUCUCAGAGAAGCCUCAGCCAAGGUGAGGGUAAAGUGACUAGGUUUCUAGAACCUUCCAUCUCGUCUGCUCAGUGUCUGAUGCUUUCCUGCCAGGCUGCUUACCUUCCAAAAAUGAAGAGAAGGAGCAUCUUUAGUGUUUCUGGGGAGCUCAGAGAAGGGGAACAGGGAGAAUGGUGUUCUUCAGUGGCAGUGAGCACCCAAGGUCUCAAAGCUCAGAUGCCCUAUACAAAAUUUCCUAUGUUCUUGGUUCAGCAUUUCUGGUAGAAGUUCCCCAGGAUUCUUUUUGGGGUGGGGAACCAAGCUGGCCAGCUGGAACAGAGAGGCUACUAAGGGCGAGGAGGAGUGACCUCAUCCCACAUGGCCCUGGAUUCCAAGGCUCUUCCUGCUGCUCUAGUCUAGCAGGGCUGAAUCUUGUCUCCCCACCCUCUUCUGCUCACUGGCCACCCUCCAGCUGCGGGCUCCUAACUCUGUGUUUAACCCUUGAGGGGGAACUGUGCCUGGGCAGAUGAGCGGGAAAGAAUACAGUGGGAAAGGCCCUUGUCCCCACCCCCAGCCACCCACACGUUCUUGCUCUGUGUUGUGAAUCUAUACGCUCACUCACAAGAAAUAAACAUGUUCUGUGUGCUGAA